GUAACGGCUAUGUUCAUUUAAAAAAAACAAAACAAAACAAACCGUUACACCGUCGUUAUUUUCUCUUCAUAAAAUCAGAUCCCCUAAAAAACAUACAAUUUUCUUCGUUCACUUCUCUCUCUCCCUCCAAGUCCCAAAUAUCUCCUUACUGAAUCCACUGAAUUCUUUUUAAUACCAUCGAGUUUGCAAUUUUCAAGAGAUUUAAUUGUAUGAUUUGGCAAUCAAUGGAUGUUGGGUGCUUGGACUUGGGAUGCAUAUCUGUGUUAGACAAGAACAGCGGCCACACUGUUCUUGAUUCUGUUGACAAAGAAUGUGAUUCGAGUGAGAAGGUUUCUUCGGGUUCUAAGCCCGGAAAGAAUAAAUCACCAAAAGGGACUGGCCAGUCAGCAUUGAAUGCUCUAAACAAAUUUACAUCCCAAAUUAAGAAGCCUUCUCACCGUAAGAAUUCUCCCAUCAACUGGUUCCCACGCAAAAAGGGGGACUCCUACUUGCAGAGGAAAAUCAAAAUGCUGCAGGAAUUAGAUGGAAUGAGUAUGACUCUUGAUGAGGCGCUUGGUGAUUCAAAUCCACAUUAUUCAAGAGUACUGAGAGAGAAAAUUGCAGCAAGAGAGGCCGCAAACAAAGCGGUGGAGGCUCGAAAAGCUGCACUGGUGGAAGCAUCUUGGUGUCGGAUACUAAAAGCAGCCAGGAUCCAAAGCAAGGAAGCAGAAGAGCUGCUGCUUAAGGCAGAGAAAACUGCAGCCGAAGCUUUCGAAGUUGCAAAAGCUAUGGAAGUAAUCAUGUUCGAUAUACCAAAUAGCCCUCAAGUGUCCUGUCAAGUUCAAACAUCUACUGUUAGUGGAGGGGGAUCUACUCCUUAUACGGCCACAACAUCUUUUGCAAGUGUAUUUGAGGUAGAUAAACAAGUAGCUGCAGCAGUCAAAACUGCAUUUACCAGGCUUGCAAACUGUCCUACUUUUGACAAUGAAGAAUUUAAAGAUCUGCUUGAUAGUAAUUCUGAAUUUUCAGAAUAUGAAUUAGAGUCUGGGUCAGAAUUUGAACCAAUAUCUCAAGACAUGGAUUUUACGUUGCCGAUUCCUGGGACAAGACUCAAGAAAUAUAAGAGGAGACAGUCUUUGGACACGUUGAAUAUGACCAAGAUUGUGGAUAUGAUGUUUGAGAGGCUUAGAUGUUUGAAUGAAGAUGAGCUUUCUUCUCUGGCAACAAUUGUUGCUACAUGUGGUUUAAAUGCUGCCUUAGCAGAAGUGGAAAACAGCAAGGUGCAUGAUCCAGGCUCUGCUGCUGAUUAUACCUCGAGUCAAGCUGUUAACCGUCACCGAAGAAUGUCUUCCGUUGGUUCAGGAACAAUAAGAAGGAACGAGGUUCAGUUGGAACUCCCAAGUCUAGACAAGUUCUUGGUCAAGCACGUGUCAAAACUUGAAAGAGAAGUGCAAGAAGCUAAGGAUAGGAGGAAGAACGAACUCAUGGAAGGGAAUCAAGGGAAUACAGAUACAACUGGUGAUGGAAAGGUCACUUUAGAUGGUAAAAAGACUUCAUCCGAGAGUAUUUCUGAUCUGGGAACUAUUCUUGUGAAGCAUUCCUCAAAGUUAGAGAAAGAGAUUGAAGAGGCAAAGAAAAAUACGAGGAAAAGUUUCAAAAUUAUUUCAAAGAAACUGGCAAGUGACUUAACCAUAUCCGAGGGCAUUUCUGACCUGGGAAGUAUGUUGAUUAAGCAUCCAUCGAAGCUUGAAAAGGAAGUUCAGGAGAUGAGAAAAAACUCAGGAAAAACGUUUGACAUCGAUGGCAAGGAACUUGGACGUCGAGCACCAAACUCUCCAAGAAAAUAUGUUCCAGAAGUACCAAGCCUGGAUAAAAUUCUGGUUAAACAUGUGUCAAGACUAGAAAAAGAGGUUCAAGAAGCAAAAAACAGAAAGAAAAAUGAAUCCGUUGAAGAAAGAAGAUUAGAGAAAGAAAAUGUGAACUUGAAUAAAGAAGAGAAUGGACUGGAAACGGAGAAAACGCAAGCAUUGUCAUUGGGAAGCAGCUGUGGAAAUUACAGGCACCAAAACAAAUUCGGAGGAAAUGCUACUGCAGAUUGUGAGGGCUUGGACAGAGUUCUGGUCAAGCAUAGCUCUAGACUAGAGAAAGAGAAAAUGGCAUUGAGUCUAAACCAAGAAGAGAUGCAUGUGGAAAGAAGUGGCAGAAAAGCUCAUAUGCAGACGAAUGAAGGUGGUCUGGACCAAAUUUUGGUUAAACAUAAAUCAAAGCUCGAGAGAGAGAAGAUGGCUUCUGCUCAGCAAUCCGGAGAAGAAGUGCCAGCUAGGCUCUCCGUAUCUCGUAGAGAAGCAAGGGAGAGAGAGUUGCAAGAGGCAUGGGGAGGGUUGAGUUUAGGAAACUCCAUCCGCCCACAUCUCUCCAGACUUGAAAGGGACAAGGCUGCUUGGAUUAAAGCUGAAGAGGAGGCAAGAAGGCGAGCCAUGGAGGAGGUGGUGUAAACUCUUUCAGCCAUAUCGCCAAUGCUAGUAGGAAGAUUCUGUAUAUAUAUCUUCAUUAUAUAACAUGAACUGAUUUUCCAUCUUGGGUUUAGAAAACCCUUUGAA